AUGGGAACUACGGCACGCCAUGUUGACAAGAGCUUCCGACAAUGCGACGAGUUCAGCCAAGACCUCCUAGUGGAGAAGAUCCAAUCCUGUGCCAAGAUCCUCCCGAAGUUCUUCGAUUUCGAGACGGAUGCCGACCAUAGGACUCCCGACUGCGACAUGCUGAAAAUCAGUGCGCACGUGGUCUCUUACAACUACGGCCUGAAGCGACGCGUCUUGGAGACUUUCCGAAAUGCCGACUGCAGCUGGAUGUCGACGAGGGCUCGUGUGGCAGAGGCCACAAACAGGGCCGAGGUCAUCAAAUCUGACUGCGAGGGCCGCGAAGAGAACGAGCUAAAGGUCCAGGGCCUGGAGCUUUUCUUCCGCUUCCAGAAUGAUGAGGCCGGCAAGACGAAAGCGGACAUCGUUAAGGAGAUUUUCGAGCUGAUGCCGAUAGGCAGGGACACAAAUCGGGCGGGCCCGCUUGGCCAAGAUUCCCGCCAGCAUCGACGGCGAGGUUGA